CUUCAUAUAUAAUUAUCGUUAAAAUGGUUAAUUAUUGGUGUGUUUUGGCAAUAGCUACGGCUCAGAAACAGGUAAAUACGAGGCUCUGAGAACGAUAAUCUGGCAACGGUGAUCAUGACACGGCACAGCAUUCAGAGGAAGGACGAGGCGCCGCUAAGUUAAGACCCCCUGCCAACUGUGUGCCCCAAGUAACCAUGUCUGAGACUCUCCUGAAGCAGCUGCGCAUCAAGACUGGGGUGCUGAAGAGGUGUUGCAAGGAGCUCAUCAGCUACCAGAAGGAGGCCGAGCAAAUACAGGAGAAGAUCAAGAAAAUGCAGGAUGAAGGGCAAGACGUUUACUACAUUAAGAAGCAAGAUCUGUUGCUGCAGGAGACACAGAAUGUGAUCCCAGACUGCCAGAAGCGCUUCAACGCUGCCUUCCAGGACCUGAAGACUAUUGUGGAUGAGGAGAAAUCGGUGGAAGAAUCUGAGGAAUACCAGGCAGCUGCAGCAAGUCUUCAGGAUACCAGCAGCCACGUGACGGCCUAGAGCCUUACCGCCAGUGCACACAAACAUUAGACACUCGUACUCAUUCCCACCACGUACACAAAAAUAUUAUUAUGCUUACUGUAUGUUGAACUCAUCAUACUGACUUGCUUUUGUGCUGUGAGGUGCAAGAAGAAAACUA